CAUAUUUCAUAACUUCUUCUAGCCACUUCUUCAUACUGUCAAAAUAAUUAUCAUCAUAGUCCUACUGGGUACCAGUGUGGCUUCAAAAAGCAUGUUCUGUAAUGAUCAGGGGCGGACUGACAACUCAUGGGGCCCCCGGGCAAUAGGGGAUCAUGGGGCCCCUGUGUCCUUGCCCAAACUCAAAAAAGCCUAUGAAAAAGGUACCAGGGGCAUCUCAUGGGGCCCCCUACUGACCCCAGGCCUUCAGGCAGUGCCCGAGUUUCCAAAUGGUCAGUCCGCCCCUGGUCGG